UCUGCGCUCUGGACCAGCACACGAACGACACCGGGGGUUGUUUGUUGUUGUUGACGUUGUCGUUAUACAAGUGGGUUGCUUCAUAACAUUUAACAUUUUAUUUGAUGCGCGACCGCGUGACUGGAACAUUGUGAUUGUUGUGCGGUUCCUGUUUGCUGAUUCUUGAGAAGGCGCGGGGGUUUCCCCCGAAAGCAGCAGCACGAUUUUCGGGGACACACAUAAAAUCGGGGGUAGCGGUGGCAGAGGCAUGUUCUGCUACCACUGCCCGCCGGCCCUUCAUCCCGGAGCACCUCAGCCCCGUUUGCCCACGUUGGAGUAUCCGUUUACGCCGUCUCAUCCAUACACAAGUUACUCCUAUCAUCCGGCAAUACACGACGACACGUUCGUGAGGAGGAAACAGAGACGCAACCGCACCACCUUCACCCUCCAACAGCUGGAGGAACUGGAGAGCGCGUUCGCGCAGACGCACUACCCGGAUGUCUUCACGCGCGAAGACCUAGCGAUGAAGAUCAACCUAACCGAAGCCCGGGUGCAGGUUUGGUUCCAAAACAGGCGUGCCAAGUGGAGGAAGGCCGAACGACUAAAAGAGGAACAACGGAAACGGGAUGGGCAGGACGUCGUCAAACGCGACGGCGAUACCAAAGAAGAAAAAGUCGACAUUGAAGACUCAGGUGCGAACAGUUCUCCGGACGUGGUGCAAGACGAGGAGAUCACGAGAGAAAGAGAAUGUUCAAGCAGAAGCAGUGCGGGCAGAGAGUCGCCUGAGCCGAUUAGAAGUGCUCCCGAAGCUGACCCAUCGAAUCCUUCGUCACCGCACAGUCCAGCUCCUUCGGCUUCUUCGGAGCCCCCGAAGCCACUUCCUACCCCGACGUUCUCGCACAUGUUCCCAUUUGGAGACAGUUCCACAGGAUUUCGGCCGGUGUUGGACGGAACCACCCCGACCAGGAACACGCCGCCAUUAUUCUUCCCGCCACACUUGGCCUCGCAUAUAUCGUCGCAGUUCUCGCCGCCGCUCUUCCCCGCCCUUAAAGGAUUCCCGGGUCUGUGCUCGUGCUGCCCGAUCAAACCGAUGUCUUCGUCGUUGCUGACGACGAACGAACCGUCGCAAAUCUCGCCGGAGAGCGAUCAGCGGUCGUCGAGCGUGGCGGAACUGCGUCGCAAGGCUCAGGAACAUUCGGCCGCUCUGCUGCAAAGUCUACAGCACGUCGCCAAUUUUCAGCAGGCCGCCAGUUUGGCGGGGGGAUUGAACUUCCCACUUUUGCCGCCGCUGACUCUUCAGGCGUUGCAGAGGAAGCAUGAGACGCCGGACGGCGAGACCAAGGAGUCUUCUACGUAGGACUUGCAUAAUUUUAAUCCUGGCAGAAGAUAACAGUUUUUCUGAUGAUUCCAUAUAAAUAAUUCAUUCUUGAAAAAGUUUAAUGUCUCGUUUUAGGGUUACACAAAUUAUUGUUUUGAAUUGUAAGUGAAGGUAGUUUUACCAUUACAGUAGGUUAGUAGUUUUACAAGAAGUAAAAGGAAAAAAAAUAGUUUAAAAAUAGGCGUUGUUUAAUCAUGGUAGUGCAAUGUGUAAAUAUGCAAACAAACACCAAAGCAUUUAUGUAUAUAACUUGAUUUAGCACAUAAUUGUAAUAUAAAUCACGGUACUUACCCUUCGAUUUCAACAUUAAUAAUAAAUAACAGGAGAUGAAAUAGAUGCAGUGUUUAAUUCCCAUUUCGUAGAUUUAAAUAUUAUAAAAAAAAUUGACAAGUAUUACAAUUAAUCUAUUCUAGAAUAAUUUAUGAGCUAAUUUAAGAUAGGUUGUAUAUAAGGUAGGAAAUUGUAGAAAACCUGUUACCAAAAAAAUGUGAUGUGAUUUAGGUAUAUGACAUUCGUACUCUAUUACAUAAUAAAAACAGUUGUGUAAAAAUUGUAUAAUACUAGUGUGUUCAAUAAAAAAAUAUA